ACCAAGAAAGAAGAAGAAAACUAAGGAAGCAGUUGUACACAGAAGAAUGACGCUUUGCUAAAAGUUACAGAUAAAAAUAACUAGGUAAAAUAAAGAUAGAGUUAUUAAGAAUAAAUCAUAGAAACAAAAUCGUCCAUUUGCCUGUUAACGAAGAUGCCAUCUUCAGAGAAAUCCUACGGCACCAAGAAUGUUGCAGACAAAAUCUGCAGGCUGCCUCCGGAUCUCUUAACCGAAACAUCUCAGCACAUUCUGGCUUAUCUUCAAGGGCAAACCAGUGGGGUAGAUUCUGCUGAAAUUUCUCAUAGAUUUCAGAGGGCUGGAGUGAGUCUUCAUCAUGAAGCUGUUCAGAGCAUUAUCAGAUUUCUUCUCUUGACAUUCUGGUCAGCUGGAAAGAACAACCUCUCUGCAGAUGACUUUGUGUCAAAACUCGAGGAAAGCUGCAGCAAAUGGUCUAAAACCUCUCUUCAGGUCUUACAAACGCUGUGGAGUGAACAUGGUGCCGCCGUACAUGCUCAGCAAGAAGCACAAUCUGUGCUCAGCAUUGGUCAGCUUGUGGACGUGCAGUGGAAGCUGGGGAUGGCAGUGAGUUCGGACACAUGUCGCUCUCUUAACUCGCCUUACGUUUCGCUGUUACUGAAGAUUGCAGAGCCUUCUGGACAGAUCCAACAGAGGGCUUUUGAGAUGACUAUUCCACAGUUCCAGAAUUUUCACAAGCAAUUCAAGGAGAUGGCAGUGAUUAUGGAGACUGUAUGAUGGCGAGAACGCCUAAGUGGGCAGUUAGAAGCAGUUUAUAUAAGACUGAA